AACUGCAAGUUCGACAGUAGACUACGAGUAAUACUUGCUGUAUAAUGAAGUGAUUAGAUAACUAGAGGUAUAAAUAAAUCAAAGUGUAGUGGUUACUUUGUACAAAGAUGAGUGUGAGAUGUUAAUUUGUCUUCGUAAAGGUCUUCCGCUACACACCCAGAGUUACUAGCUACCUACCAGAACACUGCCUACCUAGGUACUCAGAAACGCCAGGAAUAGAUCUAACUCUGAAGCAUUAACAACACCACCUUUUCGCAUUCCUCACAAGAUGCCCCCGCAGCCCGACGACAAGCGACAGGCUGCCCGGGAAGUCAUCGACAUCCUCCACGAGAUCUCCAAUCUCUUAAAUACGAAUCUCGAUCGCACGGAGCUCUCGCUUUGUGUCUCUCUCAUCGAAAACGGUGUUAACCCUGACGCACUGGCGGCUGUGAUCCAGGAUCUGCGCAAAGAGAACGCUGUCUCGCAGCGAGGUCUGCCGAACGAGCAGAUGGAGUCUUGAAUAGAUAGAGAGAGCACCGUAUUAAGUGUUUUAGGGUGUGGGUUUCUUUCUUUCCUCCCACUCUUCCCCCGUUAUACUGUUUAUAGAUACCCGUCUAGUUGUUUUUACGAGAAAUGAGAGUGGUGAUAUGUUGCUAUGGUG